CAUAGAUUCACAACUUAUCUACCGUCCACUUCUGUAACGAUGUUCUAGCAGCCACGACUCUCCUAUAAAUGGCUGAGGUAAGCUCUAAGAUGACUUGGUUGAAGCGCGGGGGUCGGGUCCGCCCGGGGGAUGGGAAGAAGGAACCCUCCCUGGCCAGCUCCAUGGAGUCCCUGACCCAAUCACAGCUGAACCUGGCCAUUAUGGACAUGUUAAACCUUGGACAGAACUGGAACAGGUGCGAGGAGGUCUGUCGAGGUAACCCUAUCACGGACGCCGGUAAACGCCAGCAGAUGGUGAAGAUGUUGGCGGUGGUGCUGAUUCCGGUCAUUGUACUCACCGGGAUGACGGCCAACACCUUCAUUGUAUCCCUGGAGAGUUAUAUUGUAUCCUCCAAAAUCAGCAGAAUUCUCUAUUUCAGCAUCGAGUUGGGUAUUUUGCUCGGUAACAUUCAGAGGGAGCGGGAUAUGAGCGCAUUGUACGUGAGUAAUAUAGAACUGGAAACCAAAGACCUGCUCCUACAGCGAUACCCCGACACCGACAUCGCCAUCCAGAACCUGUCCUCCUGGCCCACCAGCGCCAACAUCGUCCGAGACGAGUUCCAAACCCGAGAGAAGUUCCUCUCAUACCUCAACAGACACCGCUAUCAGCUGGAUUCUUACAACAGGACUAUCAAAGAGGAGCUGCAGUUCUACUCCGACAGCAUCGAGUGGCAAGUUCCACAAUGGUAA